CCGGUUCCCUCUUGGUUGCUCUCGGGGAAGCCGACGCGACGUCCUCCAUGGUGUCAUUGCUGAGGUUGUUGAACAAAAUCGGCUAAAUACACAAUUAUGUCUGGGUACACUCCGGACGAGAAGCUCCGCGUCGAGCAGCUCACCAAGCUCCGAAGGCAGUGGCUGAAGGACCAGGAACUCAGCCCGAGAGAGCCUGUCGUACAGGCCAAACCUCCCGGCGCCGUCGCCAAGUUCUGGGCAGGUUUUCUGGAGCCCAAGAGCCUGUGGAGGCUAUACACAUACAAAGCCUACAAAGGGAGCGUUUUCACAUUAACACGCUUGUUGAUACCUGCUUGGGUUGUCCACUACUACGUGAAAUACCAUGUUGCUUACAGUACUGUAGACCCCUCCUGGAAGCCGUCACCUUAUCGUGGUGGAGGGGUUUGUGUGUCCCAAUGAUCCUAGGAACUAAGUUGUCUGGGGCUUCACGCUCCUGGUAAGGUCACCCAUGGCAAACAGGUCCUAGGUGAGGGACGAGACAAAGCACGGCUCCAAAAACCCCUAGGAAGAAAGAAACAAAUGGAACUAGGAAGCUCGGUCAUCCGGGAGGAUCUAAGAGUAGAGCCGCUGCUCCUCCACAUCGAGAGGAGCCAGAUGAGGUGGCUGGGGCAUCUGAUUCGGAUGUCUCCCUGACGCCUCCCUGGUGAGGUGAUCCGGGCAUGUCCCACCGGGAGGAGAACCCGGGGACGACCCAGGACACGCUGGAGAGACUACGUCUUUCGGUUGGCCUGGGAACGCCUCGGGAUCUCCCCGGCAGAGCUGGAUGAAGUGGCUGGGGAAAGGGAAGUCUGGGCGUCCCUGCUAAAGCUACUGGCCCCGCGACCCGACCUCGGAUAAGCGGUAGAAAAUGGAUCGACAGUACUGUAGAGUGCUAUUUUUCUUAUUUGAAAAAACACGCUAAACAUUUUUUUGUGUGUGUGUUUUCCGAGGGGCUGGAACGGAUUAAUGUCAUUUCCAUUCACUUCAAUGGGGAAAGAUGAUUUGAGCAACAAAUGUUUUGAGUUACGAGUGUGGUCAUGGAACACAUUUAACUCGUACGUCAAGGCAACACCAUAGUUAAAUACAUUUUAACAACUACUGUUUGUAUUAUUGUC